AAGACGAAUCGAAUCGAAACGAAAACGAAGGCGACGACGUUGAAGUUGAAGUUGUAAAAGAGCUGCACAAUAUUCCCCCCGGCCAGGCAGGAAAAAUAAAAGAAUAAACCUUAAAAUAAAGUUCAUCCAUGGAGUCUGCUGAACUCGCAAUCGGAAUAUAAAAAAUUUCAUUUCGGUCUCCGCUUCGCUAGCUCACGACGACGGCAUUGAUGAAAAGAAAACCCUCGGUCUGGUUCUCAGUUCCCAGUUCUCAUUCUCAUUCUCGGUCUCGGUCUCAGUAUCAGUCUCAGACUCGGUUAAGAAAUAAAAGAAAAAAUUGAAUUUAUCAAAAAGAAUUUGUAACCAAAUCGAGUGAAGUGUGAAAAAAUCUUAUCGGCCAUCCGCAUCCGGAGUUUUCCGCCGUUUUGUCCACACAGAAUUUUCUCAAAAGUUUUUCACAUUUUCUUUCAGAUAUUCAAGAUUAUUAGAUUGCCGUUCAUCUUUUGUGUACACGGGUGCAAUCUUUUUAUACUCUUUCCGUCUUCUUGUGCCUCCAAUUCCCAUCGAGCACAAUCGAUCUUUAUUAUUUUUGUGGUUUCUUGCGUGCGUCUGAUUUAAUAUCAAAUCUGUGAACCUAAAAAUACGAAUUCAGAAAAACGAAACGUUCUCCAAGAAAACAAACCAACACCACACCGAGACGGACACCACACCCUGUGCGUAGGUUUGGUUUCCGUAGAGUUUUAGUGAAUCCUUCCCAAACUUGUAAGUGGCAUCCACAGAAAUUCUAAAAGAAAAAACCGAAACUUUUUCGUCGUGUGCCAUCCAAAGACGACAUCGACGUUCUUUGGAUCUUCUCGUAGUCUCGCUUCUCCUAGGUGGCAGCAGCUAAAAACGAAAAAAAGAAAAACCAACAAAAUUAUCACCAAGUGUCUGUGCUCCUGUCCGCAGAGCCGAGUGAGUUCAAAGUGUAAUAAUUGCCGGUAGCACCUGCACACAGCAACAGUAACAGUAACAUCACCAUCGCCAUCAUCAUCGCCAUAACAUCCCUCUCGCCUGUUUGUGUGCCUUUUUUUUUAAUACAAUUAACUUGGAAAAUUCCGUAAAUUAACAAAUUACGACAUCCUUUCUUCUGCGAGGAAAAGUGAAAAAAAAACGUUCAUCGCAUCGCAUCGACGGACGGACAGACGGUCAAACGGAAGGACGGGACGUCCAAACGCGACGUGUCGCUAUCGUAUCGAUGAGUUUCUAUCAUCUAGCUGCUGCUUGGUGUCUGUGUCUGUUCCUGGUGUUCCUCGUUCCUCGUUGUUCGACUCAACUCGACUCGACUCCCAUUGAACACACGGGGCGUGAAAAAUAAUCCAUUAUAGUGACAUAAACCACCCACUAUUGCCGCUACUCCCACCAGUACUACGGCAGUACACCACUUUUCUCUUCUUUAUUCUAUUUUUCUUUUUUGUGUGUGUUCCCUUGCUCGUAGAAUCGUAGAAACGCCGGUCUCGCAUCGUUUCGCAAGGUGGAUUCUGCUUCUGGGUUCCCCUUGGCUUUUUUCUCAUUCUCAAUGUACAUAGAUAUAUGAGGAGAUGUGUUCGAUUUCGUGUUCUUCGUCGUCCUUGUAGUCGUUGUGUCGUGUGUGCGUUGUCUGUGCUUCCGUUCGUUCGGUUUUCAUUUUUCCCAUCAUUUUGCCCUUCUCUGAUUGAUGUACAUUGAGUGCGCCCGCCAUCUAAGAACCUAACCAAAAGAAGAAGAAGAACCACACGCUGAGAGUUUAUGAGCACUGAAAAUUGAAAGUUUAUUUCUAUUUUGUGUUGUGUGUGCUUCCUGGAUAUUACUUAUAUUGUGGUGGGGUAGAGAUAAAGACAGAAAAAACCUAGUAUCCAUCUCGUCUAUGUCCCGGAAGUGAAUUUUCAAGCAUCGCUGGAUGAGAAAAAGCAUCGUUCAGGAGGAUCCGAUUUAAAGAUCGAAACGCCUACAAUUUUAAUCUUGCCUCUUCUCAAAACCGCCGACAUUAAUUUUGCCGUCAAAAUAAAAAAAAAUAAAAAAAAACAAUAAUGAUAUUAACAACAAAUCUUCGCACAAAACUAACAUACAACAUUUACAAAUAAAUUUAUUAAAUCUCAAUUAAACAAUUCUCUAGAGAAAUAACUUCUUCACGCGCGGGUAAUUUCUGCACAAAUACAAAUACAAAAAAAAACACACAAAAAUAAAAAAUCGUAUUCGGUUUCGGUGAGUAAUUUUAAAUCUUCUUUAUGCACUCGUGCAAUAGUUAAUAAAUAAAAGAAAAAGAAAAAUUCUAAUUUUUACAAAUCAAGGAAAGUGUAAGAAAAAAAUAGGAAAAGUUUUUCAUCUCGUCGUCAUUAAAAUCAACGUCUCUUAUUGUCGAAUGCGUCGUCCGUCACCGUUAGUUUAACGUGCUGCCGUCCGUCACUCGUCGGAAGAUUUUUGAUUUGAAUUUAACGCAUAUUAAAACUCAAGCUUCAAAGUCAAAGAAAGAUCGCCAAAGGUACGAAGUUACAUCAAGAAAAUCAUUACAAGAAAACAUCGUUCGGAAGGGAAGGAAAAAUCCAACUCUCUAAUUAGCACCCACUCAUAUAAAUUUUCAGUGUUGUGUUUUGUUGAUGGAAAAUUUCAGCUCGGCGAGAAAUCUCUUGAGUAUCAGCAUCAUAGUCGUCAAAAAUGAAAUAUUUUUAAUUAAUUUCUUAAUUUGCUGUUGUUGCUGCUACAACUGUUGUGCUGCGUGUUAUCGUGGUCGUGGUCGUGGUGCUGCUGCAACAAUAAUAAUAAUAAUUAAUAGUGAAAAACAUUUUCCGUUUCCAUUACCUCCAUCAGAGCUUUUAACAACAACAACAACAAAAACAAAAACAAUAAAAACAACGUCAACCGGAAAGAAAACAUCGUCAUUGUUUUGCUGGAGUUGUUCCUCCGGCGGAGGCGGUAGUGGUAUCGGUGAACGGUGUAACACACUUCACCAACACUCAUCAUAAUUUGUUGCAAUAUUGUAGGUAGUUAAAGUGCAAUCAAAUAUUUUUAUUUUUAAUUGUUAAUAAUAAUAUUGGUCGUGUAAAACCAACAAAUUAAUCAGAACAUCAGAAAAAUAGUGACGACAUAAAAGAAAUCGACUAAAAAAACAACAAACAAAGAAAAAUAAUUAAAAAAUCAACAACAAAAGAAAAAAACGAAAAGUUUAAAACUUAAACAAAUACAAAAAAUUAUUUCAACCCUUCAAAGCGAUUUAAUAAAAAACCGCCAACCUGGAACUAAUGGAAUUAGAGAACAUUGUGGCCAAUACGGUCUACUUGAAAGCAAGAGAAGGUGGAUCUGACAGCAACAAAGGAAAAAGUAAAAAAUGGCGAAAAAUAUUACAGUUUCCGCACAUAUCUCAAUGUAUACACCUCAAAGACAAAUUAGAUAUAAGUUAUGGUUACGUCAUAGACCAACAACCCAUCGGACGAAUAUUGUUUCGACAAUUCUGUGAAAACAAACGUCCCAUCUAUUAUAGAUACAUUUCGUUUCUGGAUCAGGUGCAAAGUAAACACAUUAUUUCCAGAUAUGAAGUGGAAUACGAUGAACAUCGUAUUUCCAUUGCCAAGGAAAUUGGCCGACGAUUUCUUGUGAUCGAUGUCAGUUCGACAGAUACAAUCGAUGGAAAAACUACAACAACAACUACAAACACUGCAUCACCGACAUCUCAAAACGAUACAACCCAAACGCAAACAGAGACUGACAGCAAUCAUCAUAAACGUCAAAAGCAGCAUCACAUCGAUGCGUCUGACACUUGCAAUCACAAUGGCGAAGAACACAAUGGUGUUGCCACAGAUGACAGUGGCGGUGUUGGCGGAGGUGGUGGCGGGGGUUGUGACAGUGGUGGGGGCGCUGUCGAAGGAAGUGAAGUUGGGAACACCACCACCGACAAAAAUAACAUCUCAUAUUGGGAAAGUAAAAAAGAGAACUACAAUGACUGUCAUAAAAAUUCUGCCACAAUGAUGUCGAAUAGCAAAGGAGUAUUUCGUUAUGGCAACGAUGAUCAUGUUCUUGAUGUCCUUAACGAUGAUCUAAUUACGAGAGUACGGGAGAAAAUAACAAGUGGCAGCAAGGAACUUUUCGAGCCGUGUGUCAAUGCUGUUAAAUCAUUUUUAGCCGGCGAACCAUUCCGAGAAUUUGAGACUUCCAUGUAUUUUCAUCGAUAUUUACAAUGGAAAUGGUUGGAAGCACAACCUGUAACAUAUAAAACAUUUCGUAUGUAUCGUGUCCUUGGUAAAGGAGGAUUUGGUGAAGUCUGUGCAUGUCAGGUACGUGCAACAGGCAAAAUGUAUGCGUGCAAAAAGUUAGAAAAGAAACGUAUCAAAAAAAGAAAAGGCGAAUCAAUGGUUUUGAUAGAAAAACAAAUUUUACAAAAAAUCAAUUCACGUUUUGUUGUUAAUUUAGCGUAUGCUUAUGAAACAAAAGAUGCAUUGUGCUUGGUUUUAACAAUAAUGAAUGGUGGUGAUUUGAAAUUUCACAUUUACAAUAUGGGAGGUGAUCCGGGAUUCGAAUUACUGCGAGCCCGAUUCUAUGCAGCCGAAGUGGUCUGCGGGUUGGAGCAUCUCCAUCAACAGGGCAUUGUCUAUAGAGAUUGCAAGCCAGAGAAUAUUCUCCUCGACGACCAUGGCCAUGUGAGGAUAUCCGAUCUGGGUUUGGCAGUUGAAAUACCAGAAGGCGAGAUGGUUCGAGGACGUGUUGGGACUGUGGGAUAUAUGGCGCCUGAAGUUAUCGAUAAUGAUAAAUACUCAUUCUCGCCGGAUUGGUUUAGCUUUGGAUGUUUAUUGUACGAAAUGAUUGAAGGACAAGCUCCUUUUCGCAUGCGAAAAGAAAAAGUUAAACGAGAAGAAGUUGACAGGCGGGUUAAGGAAGACCCAGAAAAAUAUUCCGUAAAAUUUAUUGAUGAAGCCAAAUCCCUGUGCCAACAGCUUCUCGCAAAAUCGAUUAAACUUCGACUUGGUUGUCGAAAUGGUCGUCAAGGGGCUCGUGAAAUAAAACUUCAUCCAUUCUUUAAUAUUAUCAAUUGGAAACGUUUAGAAGCUGGAAUGGUUGAACCACCUUUUGUACCAGAUCCUCAUGCCGUAUAUGCCAAAGAUGUCCUUGAUAUUGAACAAUUUUCCACCGUUAAAGGUGUCAACAUAGACGAUUCCGAUUCGAAUUUUUAUACGAAGUUCAAUACUGGUUCGGUUUCGAUAUCAUGGCAAACCGAAAUGAUUGAAACCGAAUGCUUCCGUGAGUUGAAUGUUUUCGGGGUCGACGAAUGUCCAACACCAGAUUUAUUAAUAAACGCCACCCCAGUUAUUGAAAAAGCCGGAUGUUUUCCAUUCAGGAGAAAGAAGAAGCAACCAGCUAGAACUCAGCCCAUACCCAUUCCUGAACAUUUACUAACAACUAGUCACAGUGUAUCAUCAGCAACUGUUGAAAGCUGAUAGAAAUUAACCAAACUAACUUCGGUGUUGUAUCAUUUAUCCUGAAACGAAAAUCAAACUAUACAAAACUUUGCAGAUUCAGAAAAAAAAAAAAAAAAACAAGAAUCCAUAAAAAUUAAUAUGAAUAUGAAAAUAAAAGACUUUUGCUGCCAGGACAAAGAAAAGAGAAUAGAAGAUAAUAAUUAAUUAUUAUUAUUUUUUAAUAAAUUUGCUAAAUAAUCGUGCAAGGAAAAAUGUGUUCUACAAGUCUAAACAUAUGUAUAAAAAUAUAUAAAACACAGAUGAAAUACAGAACAGCAAUUAUAAAUAAUAAGAACAAUUUAAUAAAAGAAAAUAACACUUUAAUUUAAACUUUCUAUGUGUCGAGAAAAAAUAAACAAAAAUAUUAUAAAAAUAAAUAAACAUUCAUUAUAUCGAUAAUCAAAUAAUACAUAAAAAUAUUAUACUGUAUAACAAAAAUAAACUCACAAAUAAAUACAAAAACAAAACUACACGCAUAAACUAAAACCAUUUAUAUACAAAGAAUAUGAAAUUAUUAAAGAACGCGCAAUUUUUAAAUCAAUCAUUUUUUUAAACUCCUUAAAAUGG